AGUACGGAACUGUCUGAAUAUGCGCUUUUACUUUCAUUUUCGCUUUUAUUGCGCAGCAGCUUCUUCGUAUCAAGACGAGUAAAGACGUUAAUAUUGUUAACUUCAGAUCGGAUUUAACGCUUCAAAACUUUAUUUAAACUUGAGUGUUCACUUGGAGACACAACAUGGCUGCUAAGGAUAUUCCACAGGCGUCAAAGAAACAGGUGGAUGGUUUCUGCCAGAAACUCACCAAAGAGGCCGAGCAGCUGGUUACAGUUUUUUUCCCUCAGAAGAUUGAAGAGCUGCAGACGCUGCUGAAGUCGCCUCCCUGCUGUGCCGACCUGGAGUCCUUAAAGGCUCCGCUGGACAUCCCGAUGCCUGACCCUGUGAAAGAGGAGGCCAGACGCAAGAAGCAGAAGGAGGCGGCGAAGGCGAGGGCGAAGGAGGGCAAGAAAGAUAAGGACAGCGAUGACGAAGAUUCAGGGCCUCCCUGUGGUCCCAUCUGCAUCAAUGGGACAGUGCAGAGUCUCCUGCAGGAGGUGAAGCCUCAGAUCCACACACUGAAGGAGAAGCUCAACCUGGUGUCAAUGUGGAUGCAAAUCCAAAUCCCUAAAAUUGAAGAUGGGAACAACUUUGGAGUGGCGGUGCAGGAGAAAGUGUUCGAGCUGCUCACCAGCACCCGCACCAAGAUCGAGGGAUUCCAAACUCAGAUUUCAAAAUAUUACAGUGAGAGAGGUGAUGCUGUGACCAAAGCCUCCAAACUACCCCACGUGGGAGACUACAGACAGCUGGUUCACGAGCUGGACCUGUAUCAGUACUCCGAGCUCCGCCUCGUGCUCCAGGACAUCUGCAACACAUAUGCCGUGCUGUACGACGUCAUCACCAAGAACUACGACAAGAUCAAGAAGCCCCGAGGGGACGGGAAGGCUCUCAUCUACUGAGACGGGCAUCAGCAAGCUCACGGGCUCUCAGACAAGAUGCAGCUCGUCUCGUGUGACGCUGCCAUCAAGCAACAAAAAAAAACGCUCCGACAAAAAACGUCUUGUGUCAUCUCAUAUCAUGCAUUUUGUUCAGAUUACAAAAUAAAGCAACAUGAUUCCAAUAAA